AGUGCAGCAUGGCGGCCUCCGACUUUGUGCAGGAGAUUCACUCCAUAGGUGAGAGGCUGAGGCUCAAGCUGCAGAGGCUGCCCCGGGCCGAACCUGUGGAGAUCGUGGCCUUCUCGGUCAUCCUCCUCUUCAUAGGCGUUGUCCUGCUGCUGCUGCUCAUCGCCUGCAGCUACUGCUGUGCUCACUGCCGCCCUGAGCGGAGGGCCAGGAAGGUCCAAGUGCGGCCCAAGAGCCCACAGUGAGAGCCGGAAGGCUGGCCGGGGAGAAGCAGGAGAGGAGACCAGCAGAGCCGUGACCCUGCAGCCCUCACCGCCCAAGACAAAGGCCCACUGCCCCACCACGGCCCUGCCCGGGGGCCCAGAAACUGAUACCUGGAGCUUUAUCAAGGAAAACAAGGGCUGUUAUGGCCACAAAACUGUCACCUGUCAGCGAACACUGGUGCCAGGAGUUGUCAACUGUUUAAAGACUGAGUAAAUCACUGGGGAGUCUGUCUACCUGCACUUUUUAACAGAACAUAGAAGCAGGGUCCCCAUUCCUGGAUGGAAAACAGCCCACACCUGUGGGGAGCUGGCCCUUGGGGCUCCCACGCCAAAGAGGAGCAGGUCAAUCCAAGGGACUCUGUGCAACAGCUACUAGAUCAAGCUCCCCGCCAGGGAGGGGGCACGCCAGUAUUCUAUCCCAGUAUUUGCCUGUUUUUUUCCCAGUAAAAGCUUUUUGGUUAUGUCUGUGGCACUAGA